CGCCUCCUUAGGAUAAUAUUGCAGUCGGACAUCACCAGAAUAUUAUAGGAAUGUGCACUGCAGCGGCGGUAGGGAUUCGCGCGUGCGUUGGCGCGGUUGCAGCGUGCAAAUAAAUUAUUUUGCAGGCAUAGCUGAUCCUACUAAAAGAUCGGCGGGCGCAAGUGCUCGCUCUUGAUAUUGGCCAGUGCUGCCAACUUUCAAUUGUUGCCCCUCCUUUGAGGUUUACCGACCACUAAUACGUACAUGGAAGCUACGUCAAGUUAUCUAUAGAACUCUGCAAGUCGUUAUUGCUAGGUGCUGUGAUAGUAGCUAGCUAGCCAUUGUUUUUUCCCCUGAAGCUAGUAAAGGGAGUGGAAAAUGACUUAUAGACUAGCCCUUUUCAUGCUGUUUCUGUUUCCAUUCACUUGUGGUCAACAGAGUGUAUGCUAUCACAUCAUAGCUACAGUGCAGACAUACCGCACAUACAUUCAAGGGCAGUUCCAUGCUGUCAUAUUCAUGUGGCUUAUUUGAUUGGAGCAGGUGUUACCGUGUGACCUACUCUUCACACUUUGUGGAUCGUUCUCAUACUCUAUAUCACUCUGAACGCACAUGCUGUGAAGGAUAUUCAAUGAAUGGGGACCAAUGCUCACCAAUAUGUAACGACUGCCCUGAUUCACACCUGUGUCUAGCUCCAAAUGCCUGUGUCUGCCCUGAAUGGUCUCCCACUGAUGACUGCAGUGAGCCUCCUCAGAAUAUUACUCUAACUGCAACUGGCUCUGAUGAACUGGAGAUUAGUUGGGUUCCACUGCUACAUGGGGCAACUCUAUACUUCGUAAUCUUUGAAGGCGAAACCCAUUAUGUUGACCCUACAAGUUCUCUUCACAUGGCAUUUGAGUCACUGACUCCAUACACAUCUUACAACUGUUGUGUGGCUGCCAACACUACAUCAGGGCCAACCAGACUUGGCUGCGCCACAAGAACUACACUCCAAUCAGUUCCAGAAGAUGCACCGCAAGAGCUGCUUGUGGCUACUUUGAAUUCAACUGCCAUAAGUGUCCAGUGGGAACCUCCGCUCACUCCGAAUGGCAUCAUCAUCUUCUACACAGUAUACAUUAAUGACUGCCCAGUCCUGAAUGUCAGUAACCACAGUUGUUUGCUCGAUGGUUUUUCUCCUUAUGAAGUAGUGAAUGUGAGUGUUUCAGCCAGUACAAAGAUCGGAGAAGGCCCACAGAGCGAGCAAAGAAGUGAAACUACACAUGAAACAGUUCCAGGACCAGUUGAAAAGCUGGAGGUGACAGCACUGAGUGACGAGGUCCUCCAUGUGUCGUGGGAUCCUCCAGUCACCCCAAAUGGAGUUCUCACUGGGUAUCAUGUUGUAGUGACCAACUUGAUUGACUCAACUAAGAUUAUCUAUGAAAUACCUCCAAGAGUGCAUGAGUGGAAUAUCUCUGUUGGAAUUGGUCCCUAUAUCAGGUAUGAAGUCACAGUUAGGGCCUCUACAUCUGUUGGAAUUGGAGAUUCUGUCCACCGUUUUAUAUACUCUCGAGAAGGAGCUCCCCAUAGCCCCCCUCCAAGCACCACUACUACUCGUAGCUCAGCCACCACUGGUAGUGUGGAGUGGGAUGAGAUGAGCUGGGAGGAUCUGAGAGGGUGGCUGGUGUCCUAUGAGAUUGGCUACCAGAGUGUGAGAUCUGGCCAGUGUCCCCCUAGUGACUCCAUCACCAAUGACACCGUGUCUGUGGACCAGGAGAUGUUUGAAGUGACUGGUUUAGACCCGGGACUCCAGUACUGUGUGUGGGUAGCUGGGAGAACCAGUCCCGGGGUUGGACCUUUCUCAUACACUCUCAUUCCGUGGUAUACUAGCAGUGAAUUCAUGGUGGCUUUGGAGAAGGCAAACUGCACAGAAUGGAUAGUAGGCUGGAAGCUUAAUACAUGACAUACACUGUUGAACUUGGCCUCUCUAAGGACAUCCCUGAAAUGCGGACAUAUCUCUCUAAAAGGAAACCUUUUCUUUCUCUGAGAAAAAUUUCUUGCAUUCGACCCCUGAUUACUGUCCCCUUGUAGUCUAGAUUAGAUGAUGUUUCACUGUACCUACUCUUUCUGUUUACUCUAUCUUUCUGAUUCCAGGCAAAAGAUCAAGUAAAGAUACUGAAAGAUCUAGCUCGUGACAUUAGCAGGGGAAUCGAACUAUUCUGCAGCUGUAGUUUCCCCAGUGAAUAUGUUGGAGAUGGAAAACUAGCCUGUGAAAAACAGACACUUAUCUACUCGGGGAGGAUAGUAAGCACCAGUGACAGAAACAGCACUGACUUAUUGAAGGAUCUCAUAAAGUGGGCAUCUGGCGCUCCAACUGUGAUAGCCAAUGGUGAAGAGCUAAAGAUAGUGGGUAACAAGAGUCAGCCUACAAAAGAACCUCCGAAAGCUCCUACCAAUGGUGAGGAAGAACCCUCAAAGGAACCUCCCAGAGUUGUGCCCAUUGUAACAGACACACCACAAGAGAGCAGUAAUCCAGCACUGUUGGUGGGGCCGGCAGUUGGAGGUGUGGCUCUCCUGGCAAUAGUGCUACUGGUGGCUGUUAUCAUUGGAGCCAUUCUCUACCAUAGGCAAAAGUAAGCACACAUUAUUAUUCAAUAAACUUUUAUUUUCAUGUUCUUAUCUCAGAAAGAAAUCCUCCAUUGUGUUUUCUUCAACAUCAACUGAUCGACAAGCUGGUUGCACACUAACGUCGACCUCGCCUCUUGCUAAACUGUACGAAGAGCCUAUAGGGGCUAAGUGUGUACGAGAGAAGGAGCCAUUACCUGAACUGCCCAACAUGCAUGAGAACCUGUACGAGAGUCUGAAGGAGACGGAUGACCCAGCUCUGGAUGAGACUGGCCUUCACAACUCCCUCUAUGAAGACAUAACAGGAACAGACGGUGGGGAAGAAUCCGAAGAUCUGAUGUGACAGGAUACAUUAAUUAAUGUUGACACUUUGGUAACAAUGACUUUGAAUUUUGCUUGUUUUUGUUAGAAACUUCAAUGUUUGUAGUGCAGCUAUCCGUUUGUUUUUGGCUUUUAUAUUGCAGAUAAAACCGUUUACACAGUUCCC